CAACCAGCCAACCAGCCAGUCAGUCACCCACCACAUCCCGAAUCCCCGUAUUCCUCGCCAACAAGAGGAGCCCGGCAACACGGCAACGGCAGGAGCAAAAGCCAAAGCAAAACAACUCUCGCUUUGAGGACCUCAAGAAAACCAAUUUACAUAUUUAAGCUUUGGGCAAACGUAGAGCGGAGGAGGAGCAAUCAAUAGGAGCUGGGAAAAACGAGUGGGCGCCUCCGGGAAGAAGAAUCAAGAAGGAAAAACCAACCACCAACCAGCACCGACUAGACCACAUCGCCGAAUCAAAGGCCAGUUAGCUGCGACACCUUAGCCUACACCGCCAGAAUGCGACUGCCAUAUCGAAAUAAGAAGGUCACCCUGUGGGUGCUCUUCGGCAUCAUCGUCAUCACCAUGUUCCUAUUCAAAUUCACCGAGCUGCGGCCCACAUGCCUCUUCAAGGUGGACGCCUCCAACGAGCUGGCCUCCCAAAUGGUUCGCGUUGAGAAAUACCUCACAGAUGACAAUCAACGCGUUUAUUCAUACAACCGUGAGAUGCCAUUAAUAUUCAUAGGCGGCGUGCCCAGAUCUGGGACGACUUUGAUGCGCGCCAUGCUGGAUGCCCAUCCCGAUGUGCGCUGCGGGCAGGAAACCCGCGUCAUUCCACGCAUCCUGCAAUUGCGCUCGCACUGGCUGAAGUCCGAGAAGGAGUCGCUCCGCCUGCAGGAGGCCGGCAUCACCAAAGAGGUCAUGAACAGUGCCAUCGCGCAGUUCUGUCUGGAAAUCAUCGCCAAGCACGGCGAGCCGGCGCCGCGCUUAUGCAACAAGGAUCCGCUGACGCUGAAAAUGGGCUCCUAUGUCAUCGAGCUAUUUCCGAACGCUAAAUUCCUAUUCAUGGUGCGCGACGGACGGGCGACAGUUCAUUCGAUUAUAUCGCGCAAGGUGACAAUCACCGGCUUCGAUUUGAGCAGCUACCGGCAGUGCAUGCAGAAGUGGAACCACGCCAUCGAGGUGAUGCACGAGCAGUGCCGGGACAUCGGCAAGGACCGCUGCAUGAUGGUCUACUACGAACAGCUGGUCCUGCAUCCCGAAGAGUGGAUGCGAAAGAUACUGAAAUUCCUGGACGUGCCAUGGAACGAUGCGGUGCUGCACCACGAGGAGUUCAUCAACAAGCCCAACGGUGUGCCCCUCUCCAAGGUGGAGCGCUCGUCGGACCAGGUGAUCAAGCCCGUUAAUCUGGAGGCGAUGUCCAAGUGGGUCGGCCAGAUACCCGGCGACGUGGUGCGCGAUAUGGCCGACAUAGCGCCCAUGCUGUCCGUGCUCGGCUACGAUCCGUACGCGAAUCCGCCGGACUAUGGUAAGCCAGAUGCAUGGGUGCAGGACAACACGUCGAAGCUAAAGGCCAAUCGAAUGCUGUGGGAGAGUAAGGCGAAGGAAGUGCUGCAGAUGUCGUCCAGCGAGGAUGACGACUUUAAAGCGGUCAUCAACAAUAGCAACAAUAAGGAUAACAACAAUAAUCAGUACACAAUCAAUAAAAUGAUACCAGAACAGCAACACAGCAGACAGCAUGUACAGCAUGCACAGCGGCAACAUGUACAGCAGCAACAUCUGCAACAGCAGCAGCAGCAGCAGCAACAACAGGAGCAACACGAGCGACAUGAGGAGGAGAUCGAGGCGGAAAGGGAAAAAGAAAGGGAAACGGAACCGGAUCGAGAACAACAAUUGUUGCAUCAAAAGCCAAAGGAUGUCAUUACGAUAAAGCAGCUGCCAUUAGCCAGCAGCAACAACAACAACCAGAACAACGAGGACCCCAUGGCGGAUACAUGAUAUCCGCACAUACCCAUAAGACUGCCGCGUGGCAAGCAUUGAACCUGGGAGACUUGGCUGCCGAUAAGAAGGAUAACGACAAGGAUAACGAUAACUGUUGCUGCUGCUGCUGCCGGAAAACCCAAUUUUAAAUUGUAUUAGCUGAGACAUUUACAUGCUCGAUAUUAUGUAUUUGUAUUAAUGCUUCUUAAAGUUACCAAAAAAAAAAAAACAAACAGACAAACAAAACAAAAGUAGUUCAACAUCUACAGAACGUUUCGUGACGAAAAGACUUAAAGUUGCAGGGAGAAAUGCCAAUUUAAUAGCCACCCAUAAUAGCUCCCCCCAUAAUCGUUUAAUUUAUGCCUUAAUAUCUCUUAAAUGGAUUUACCUUAAUGCGGGCUGGGCGUUGAAUUAUUAAAUUUAUUGUGCAAUGAAUUACUUUCAUUCGUCGGCCCAUGCAUGCGGUCAUUACAAUAUCUACUACCUUAAUUACCAGCUAAUCGAAUUCAACUGAUAAGCUACUUAAUUGAACAAUUGCAUUAUUAUAAUUUAGUCAGAGCUUUGACUUAAUGCGAUUUAUGUUAUAAUUCAUAUUUAGUCUUGUUUUUAAUCAAACGGUUGGCAUUCACCCCCUACCCUCACCUAUCUUACAGUCAAGAAACGCACUGUAUGCCCAAAAACUAAAUCUUAAUAAAUGUGUUGCGCCAAAAAACAAAAAAUAUAAAACCACCAAAAGAAGCUGAAGAAUUAAAAAGGAGUGAUUGCAAUGAUGAAGAUGCAGGAAAUCCAUUGCAAUGCCUCAUCGACCUCCUUUACG